CUGGGAGGAAGGUAUAGCUCUAGCUGAGCUUGCUCUCAGGUCUCGGUCUCUCUUUUCUGAGAGAGAGAAAAACCCAAGAAGUGAUCAAAAAGAGGCCCGGCCGGGUAGCUAGGUUGAAGGCACACCCUAGUACCUGCCUGUCUAGCCUCCCCGAGCUCCUCCCACAUAGAUAGAUAGAUAGAUAGCUACCAGAAGAGAAGGGUUUUUACCUACGCCGCCCCGGUGACGGUGAAGAAGAGAGAAGGGGAAUAGAAAUGGUGGGCUCGGGGGCGGCAGGAGGGGGCGGAGGGGAUCACGCGCGGAGCAAAGAGGCGGCGGGGAUGAUGGCGCUGCACGAGGCGCUCCGCAACGUCUGCCUCAACUCGGACUGGACCUACUCCGUCUUCUGGACCAUCCGUCCUCGCCCGCGGUGCCGCGGCGGCAACGGGUGCAAGAUCGGCGACGACAACGGCAGCCUGAUGCUGAUGUGGGAGGACGGGUUCUGCCGGCCGCGUGUGGCGGAGUGCCUGGAGGACAUGGACGGCGAGGACCCGGUGCGCAAGGCCUUCAGCAAGAUGUCCAUCCAGCUCUACAACUACGGAGAAGGGCUGAUGGGAAAGGUGGCAUCUGAUAAAUGUCACAAAUGGGUCUUCAAGGAACCUUCUGAAUGCGAGCCAAACAUAGCCAACUACUGGCAGAGCUCUUUUGAUGCCCUUCCUACAGAAUGGACUGACCAGUUUGCCUCGGGCAUCCAGACCAUAGCUGUUAUUCAAGCUGGCCAUGGCCUCCUGCAGCUGGGCUCUUGCAAGAUCAUACCGGAGGAUCUGCACUUCGUGCUGCGGAUGCGACACAUGUUCGAGUCGCUGGGUUACCAGUCGGGCUUCUUCCUGUCCCAGCUCUUCUCCUCCUCCCGGGGCACCUCGCCGGCGCCGUCUUUCCCGAUCAAGCAGCCGCCGCCGUCACGGGCGCCGCCGCAGCUCUUCAACUGGCCGGGCCAGCCGCAGCUCACCCACUCCGGCGCGUCGCCCCUGUUCCCGCCAGGACCGGCGGCGUUCCACCCGUCCGCGCGGUCGCCGAUGCCGCUUUACCCCGGUAACAAGGAUGACAGCCACAUGUACCACCUCCCGCCGUCGCACCACGGCAAGCCGCCCCACAUGGAUGAGCACCAGCACCAGCACCAGCACAUGGCGCCAGGGGAGGCGCCCGACGGGGAGCUCAAGUGGCCCAACGGGCUGUCGUUCUUCACCGCGCUCACUGGUCGGUCAGAUGACGCGAAGCUUUUGUUCGAAGGCGGCGGCGGUGGUGGCGGCGCGGAUGAGCACGGGAAGCCAGCAGGGCAGGACGCGCAGACCGGGCACGGAGGGGCCGAGAACGUGGAGGAGUACCUGAGCCUGGAGAGCAACUCGAACAAGGCAAGAAGGAUGGACAGCGCCCAGAGCGCCAAGUUCAAGAGGAGCUUCACCUUGCCGGCGCGGAUGAGCUCGUCCACCUCGACGUCCCCGUCGGUGUCGGCCUCGACGGGGCCAGCGCCGCCGCCGCAGCAGCAGCAGCAGCAGCAGCAAGGGAUGGAGUACAGAGUGCCGCACGAGGGCAGCGUCUACUCGGACCUAAUGGAGACUUUCUUGGAGUAGCAUGCAUGCAUGCAUCGAUCAUCCUUGCAACAAAGUGUACGGCCGGACUUUAUGUUUUCUUGUUCCCCACUUUUGUAUUUUCUCGAAGCUAUGUCGUUUAAGCUCUUUUUUAGAAUCA